CGGCUCGCGGCGGGCUCCCGCACGAGAUGGCUUCGCGGCAGCGACUCCUUUGAAAAGGAAGGGGAAAAAACACGUACAUCUCCCCGCUUCCCCCCUUCGCCGUGACCGUGAACAGCGAGUGCCAGGAAGGAAGUAAAGUUGCAAACAACCUGCAGCAGCAGCAGCAGCAGCUGUAACUUUCGGGGCUGCCCCAGCUGCAUGUGUUCAAGGUGCCUUUGAUGUGUGCGGCAGCUUCUGGAAAGUGGACUGCAGCUUUCCCGCUCCUCAGCCCUCCCUUUCCCCUCCCACCACCGCCACUUCAGCCCACACAGGCAAUUUGUUUGAGAGAAACUGAUGAAAUGAACAAGAAGUGGUGAAUUUCCCAAGCGACUUUCCCUAAAGAGCAAGCGAGGAAGAGGAGCUGCAGCGAGCGCAGCACCCGGAGCUGCCCAGGAGGGACCGGCCAACAACCCAGCGGGGACCUGUGGGCACUGCUGGAGUGUUAAUGUCUCUCUGUAGCGAGAUGCAAAAAGCCUCUUCUGCUUGGGUUUGAUUUGCGAUGCCGGCUGCUCUCUAGAAUGCAAACCCUUGCACAGGAUGAAAACAGGUCACUCUUCCAGAAUGCCAGAGGAAAGUUCACCAAAGCGGAGUCCUCUCAACAUCCCCUAUAAGGACCUGCCUCAUAUCAUCAAUGCUGAUGGGCAGCAUCUGUUCUGCAGGUAUUGGAAGCCAGCAGGAACUCCCAGGGCCCUCGUGUUUAUUGCGCAUGGUGCUGGUGAACACUGCGGCCGUUAUGAUGACUUGGCCCAGAGGCUGACAGGACUUAACUUGUUUGUAUUUGCCCACGACCAUGUUGGCCAUGGACAGAGCGAGGGUGAUCGUAUGGUUGUGUCAGAUUUCCACGUCUUCAUCAGGGACAGCUUGCAGCACAUUGAUCUCAUGAAGAAGGAGCAUCCUGGCCUCCCCAUUCUCAUUCUGGGACACUCCAUGGGGGGAGCCAUCUCCAUUCUGACAGCUAGUGAGAGACCCAGUGAGUUUUCAGGCAUGCUGUUAAUCUCUCCUUUAGUGGUAGCCAGCCCAGAAGUCGCUACACCCAUCAAGGUUUUUGCAGCUAAAGUGCUCAACUUUGUUCUUCCAAACCUGUCCCUGGGAUCAAUAGAUCCAAAUGCAAUUUCCCGGAACAAGAAGGAGAUGGAGUCAUACACAGCAGAUCCCCUGGUCUACCACGGUGGCAUGAAGAUCUCCUUUGUCAUCCAGCUGAUGAACGCCAUUGCCAGAAUUGAGCGAGCGCUGCCCAAGCUGACUCUGCCCAUCCUGGUGCUACACGGCUCCUCUGACAAGCUCUGCGAUAUCAAAGGGUCCUAUUUCCUGAUGGACACAGUGCAGAGUCAGGACAAGACUCUCAAGGUGUAUGAGGAAGCCUACCAUGCCCUGCACAAAGAGCUGCCCGAGGUCACUACCUCUGUCUUCACAGAAAUACUAUCGUGGGUCGGCCAGAAGGUCUCAGCAGCUGGGGAAACCAGCCAUACUUAAGAGCAAUUAUUUUUGCAACUCUUACUGGGGUUUUCUGGGGUGGGAUGCUGUUCUUAUAGGAGUCUCUCUGAAAAAGGUCUGACGCGGAGAGACUCUCGGGAUAUUUUAUCAUGCGCAGCAUGAGGGAGGGCGGGGGGGAGAGGAACAAGAUGGAGCAUUUUUUGCUCACGUAAAUGGCCAUUGCCCUAAUCUCAGAAAGAAUUUAUAGCUGUGGGAGCAGCCGUUAAAGCUUUCCAGGUUGAGUAGUUUUAUUAAGGAGCCCCUUAUCCACUAAGCCGCCUCUAUCACUUCCCCUUCCCUGGUUUUGCUGAGGUGCCAGGAACGUAUUUAUACUGCAAUAAUUUUUGGUAUGUUAAACACGUGCAUAUCUUCCAUUUUACGGUUUCGCUUGCAGGUAUGUACAGCCCCAUUCCUCUUCCCACCAUCCAGUACCUGAAAGGUCCUGGCCCUUGUGAGGAGAAAGGUGCCUGGGUCAUGAAGACUCAGGGAAUCGCGGGGUGGGAAUAGGCUCCUGCUUGGAAGGGAAGGGAAUGGGUGGUUUUCAAGGUCGAUCCCGUUGGAUGCUGCCUUUAUUUGCAGGCCAGGCCCAGGGGAGAGAAUCAACGUUGUGUUUCCUCCCCAGCCUGGCUCCUCGGGGGCUGCGCCCUGGGAAGGCCUGGUGAACAGCUUCUUUAUUUCCAGCAUCAGAACAGAAUCCCAGACGGGGAAAGGAUGAAUGUGGAAUGCUUAUCGCAUUCAAAACCCGAGCUAUUCCCAGUGCCAGCCCCCCAUCUCUGCAAGGUGAACUGCUCUGUAUAUAUUCCUAGGGGCUGCUUUCUGUCUAUUUUUUUUUUUUUAAUUUUUGGAUUAAUUACUUGUGCUACUGAAACUAAAGAAGCAAAGUCAGAGUUUUAAGAGAAUAUAGUAAUAUAAUAUAUGAUGUAUAUAGAGGUGACUGGGAGCUGCGGAAGAAAUGGGAGGAGAGUCUACAGAAAGGGUUAAUUGUUCCUUCUCUUGGCAAGGAAUAAUGUUGUCCUACCAGGAUCCAGUUCUCUCACCAUAACUUCACAGUUAUAAUCUGUUGUUUUCCCUCAUCAGUUGGAAAAUGUCCUGAUAAAGAAAAGGCUGCAGAGAAGCGCGGAGCAUGUGGCGGGUGGGGAGUCGCAGCGGGCGUCCUCAUGGUCCGCCGGGCAGCGGGAGCGUGGGCAGAAAAGCUUUCCAGGCGCUGCCCGUUCGCCUCCCAAGCCACCCAGGCACCUCAGCACAGGGCUGAAAUGCCCCUUUUUUUGUGGCCCCCUCCAGCACGGGGUACAGCCACCUGCCCAAGGUAGGUGUUGAUGUCUGGGGCAUUCAGGGGCCCCCCCGAUCAGCUCCAUGGAUCAGUUCAGGGGCUGAUCCAGUUCAGUGGAUCAGUUCGGGGGCUGAUCCAGUUCAAUGGAUCAGUUCAGGGGCUGGAUCCAGUUCAGUGGAUGUGUUAGGGGGCUGGAUCCAGCUCGGGGGAUCAGUUUGGGGGUUGAUCCAGUGCAGUGGAUCAGUUCGGGGGCUGAUCCAGCUCAAUGGAUCAGUUUGGGAGUUGAUCCAGCUCAGUGGAUCAGUUCGGGGGCUGAUCCAGCUCAGUGGAUCAGUUUGGGAGUUGAUCCAGCUCAGUGGAUCAGUUUGGGGGUUGAUCCAGCUCAGUGGAUCAGUUCGGGGGCUGGAUCCAGUGCAGUGGAUCAGUUCGGGGGCUGGAUCCAGCUCAGUGGAUCAGUUUGGGGGUUGAUCCAGUGCAGUGGAUCAGUUCGGGGGCUGAUGCAGGGGUGCAGAGGAGCCGGAUGCGAGGGCUGGUGGGGCUGCAGCUGCAGCGGGGCUGCAGGCGUGGAGCGAGGCCCUGCCUCGAGCAGCAGAAGCAGCGCAGGGAUCACAGCGCGGCCGUGCAGGCACGCUCGCCUCAGGGGGCCCUGGGUUUGAUCUGUCUCUUGGCAUUAGCCAAAGGGGAGGAGUUGGACGUGCCACUGUCCCUCCAGUUUUGCAAGGACAGCAAGGUGGGCAUCGCUCCGUGAGAGAAAUUGGACCGUCUUGCGGAGUGUCCCUGUCACCUGCCCUGCGGCCGGGCCUCUGCCUCCAGCGCCUCUUCCUUACUGGGGAACGCUGGCAAGGCUGGGAGGCUUCCAGGGGAGAAACCCACCCUGCUCCUGCAGCGGAGCAGGAACGGGGCAGGGGUGAUGAGGGGGGACGGAUGUUGGGGGUGGUAGCCGGGGGAUGACUUCAGGUUGAGGGUUUUUCCCCAAAACCAGUUUUCCUGAGGAGGUCGGGAGGAGCAAUCCCUGCUCACGUCCGUCAGCCCCUUGCCCACCCUGAUGGCACUUGGUGGGCAGCAGCAGCUGCAGCUGGAGCCCCCAGCCCGGGCACAGGCAGCUCUGCAGGCAGCGCCUUGGCUAAAGCGCCUCCGAAAGCACUUACAUCGCCAAGCGAAGGCUCAUGGUCCUGCCUAGCUAAGCUCAGCACGGGUUAUGUGGCCCAGGGAAGCCACCUUUGAAAAACCAGGUUAAAAAUAAAAUGUAGUUCAGGUUAAAAACAACAUAACAAACCAGAAACGCCCACCCGCUUUUCUGAAGCUGUUUUCUGGGAACACGAGUGCAGGGAAACGCUCCCAAGCAGGAGCUGCCGGCACUGGGCCGGGGGCUGCCGGGCACCUCCGGCUCCUCACGCGGGAUCCGCAUGGAAGCCGAGCCGGGAGCGACCCCGUGAGUGCCCCCCUCCCGCUGCCCCUGCCCUGCACUUCAGCUGCUUCCUGCUGACCCGGCUCCAUCGCCCCUGCCCUGGAGCAAAGCGCCUCCUCUGCCGAGCACAUCAGCCGCGAGCAGGGCUGCCGCCGAGGGCAAUGCUUCCGAACGGCAGGGAGCCUCUGCAGGGCAGGGCGCCGGAGCGGGUGCUGCGGGCCGGGCAGGAGCAGCCGGGGAGCGCGUCCCCCCCGCGACGUUUUCUGGCUUUACCUGCCCUUUUUGUACCACUAACCUCACGCCCUGCCAGCACAAACCCGCGGAGAGCACACUUCCUUUGCCACGUUAUUUCUGAGCUUGCCUCUCUU